AGUCUUGGGAGCCGAGCCCCAGCCCUAUGGCCUACGGGCAGUCAUCUAGGGCCACACCGCUCCCAUGGCGGAGCAGGGCUGGAGUGAGAAUGGAUCUGAGUCCGAGGAUAUGAAGGUUGGGCUCAUAAGCUGGGCUGGCACCUACCUGACCGCAGAGGCCUACGGGAACGGUGUCACCGCCAUGGCUAAGGGCUUGGGCAGGAGACAGACCUGGGAGCUGUGGGUGAGUCAGGAGCAUGGCCGCAAAGCGGUAGUUCGCCUGCACAGCAUGCAGGGGCACUUCCUGCUCCCGGAGACGAGUGGCUCGGUGCGCUGCGGCCUGCCCCAUGCCUCCCAGCACGGCUCCUUCCUGCUCCGCUUCCAUCGACAUGGAAAGUGGACCCUGCAGUGCACGCUCAGCGGCUGCUACCUGGAAUCCGACGGCGAGGACGUCUUCUGCACCUCACGCUGCCUCUCCGCUUACCACAUGUGGAUGCCCCGGCUGGCCCUGCAUGCCCACGUGUCCAUCUACAGCCCCAGGACUUGUCGCUACGCCCGGGCCGACCCCAAAUUGGGGCGGGUCUGGGUGGACGCUCCCGUGCCCUUCUUGGCCGACUGCGGCUUCCUGUUACGCUUUCAAAACGGGCUCUACCACUUGGAGACGUCCACUCACCACUUCCUCUCCCGAGCGGGCCGGCUGGUGACCCAGCCCUCAUCCCAGACGGCGUUCCGCCUGCAUCUGCGGCCCGGGGGGCGGGUGGCCCUGGCCGAUGAGGAGGGCGGCCUGCUCUAUCCUCAGGGCAGCCGGGCGCUCCUGAGCAUGGGCGUCUGCCCGCUCGGAGAGGAGGAGUGGUUUCUGCUGCGGCGCUGCCCGGCCUGGGUCACCCUCAAGACGAAGGACUGGAGGUUCGUGUCUGUCAUCCACGACGUGGAGGUGUGCACCAGCCCUGAGCGGGUGACUCCGCUGUCCAUGUUCCAGUACGUGUGCCACCCUGAGACUGAGUCCGUGCAGCUCCAGACUGCCAACGGCAGCUUCCUGGCCCAGAGGUGCUGUAAGAGCGUGGUGGCCGACGGGCACACCGUGGAGCCGGAGACUGUGUUCUCAGUGCAGUGGCACUGCGGCAAGAUCAUCCUGCAGGCUUUCAACGGGCGCUACCUCACCCCGGUGCCCACUGGGCAGCUGACAGCCAGUACCAUUCACCCGGGCCCCCAAGAGGAGUUCGGGGUGCGCCUGGCCAAUCGCAACUUCCUGGCGUUACGCGGCCGCUACGGCUAUGUGGGCACCUUGUCUGGGCACGAGGAGCUGCAGUGCAACAUGGACCAGCCCGACUGUAUCCAGCUGCUGCCUUGCCGCCAGGGCAUCUACCACUUCCAGGGGUCCCCAGCCUGUGCCACCCAGAGAGCAAGGGAACGCGGCCAGCCAGCGCUAUGGAGCUGGAAUCAUUUCUGACCCCAGAUCAGUGGUCAAGAUUCCCCACUCCAAAGCGACCCCCAGGAUGGGAUAGAAGUCCGGAGCCAGGAUGCGGGAGGAAGUCAUCCACUGCACCCGCCCAGUCCUCCUGCCACACCACACCAGCCCUCUCGUUACCUCCGCCCAACGUCAAUAUACAAUAGUGGCCACUCCCACCCCUGUGUCCUGCUUCGGGUCUCCCCUGCCCCACCCCUCCCCGCCUCGCCCCGGGCCCGGGGCCGCAUACUUGGCAGAGGAGUCCGAAAAUAGACUUAUCCUCGAGG